AUGUCGCCAUUUUCAAUGGCGACAGUGGAGAACGUCCAGGCACGGGCGCGCCGCAGGUGGAGGCAGCCCGGUGCCACAUCCACCUUCUUUGACUAUACAUCUGGCCGGUAUAGCUGGCUUCUUCCAGGAUGGGUGGUCGAAGAGCGACGGAUGCCCAGUAGCAGGCUCUACAGAAAUUUCUUCUCAUAUGACCAUAUAUAUAUCCUCCAAUCCCCUUGUAUAUGUCUAAAUUUAAUUCUUACACUUCCUUUGAUAAGAUGUAGCUUGUCUUCUUUUUUGUACUAUUACGACCCUUCAGGUCGUCUGUAUAACACCAAAUACGAAGUGGUUCAUGUUUGGGCACAGAAUGGCAUCAUCUUGAUCGAAGACUGAAGAUACUUAUGUCUGUGUUUGACUGCAGAUGUUUACAUGACCAAGGACCUCCUUUCAGCUGUUUUUCUUCCUAGCUUUCGAUCAUUUAGAGUAGUUUUGAUGUACAGAAGAAGAAAAUCCACCAGUUCCUGUAUAGUGUUCAUGGAUUUGUAC